CUUAGGGUUUUUUUUUGGUCAACACAACACACACAAAAAAAGACUUCCCUGAUUUCACACGAUGCACUCAUCAUCGGGGAGACUGCCACCACGUCUAUGCUCCGCCUCGUCUUCGAAUUCAAAGAGUGGAUCCGUUCGAUAUUAUCAUCACUACAGUACUUGAUGCGCCGCCGUAAGUCUCUUCCGCGAUGGAUUUCGCGACGGUGGAUUCAGCAGAUUUCUGCGUCGGUGGCCAGAUUCAAAGCGAGAGUAAAAGAUCUAGGGCGAGUAUUGCCCGGAGAUUGGGAGACUUCCUUCUACGACGGCUCGGUCUAGUGUUUCCUCGACUUGGGAAGUGGUCGGAUCCGGACAUAUAUCCGGGUUUUUCUAACGGGAUAUGUGUUCGGAUCCGAAUCCGGAUAUCCGACCCGUUCCAGAUGUUCGACCCGCAUCCAGGCCGUUACAAGAGUAGUGACAGCUGUCACUACUUUAUACGACGUUGGAGGAAAAACCAUUUGUUUUCCCUCUCCUCUAUCUUCCGUGACUCCAACCAAGAAGAAGACCUUCACGGAAGAGAAGGGUUGAAGAAGAAGUUUAGGGGAGAGAAGAAAAGGUUCACGGAAGAACAGACAUGAUGGUGAGAAAAGAGUCAUCUGUAGACAACUUAACCAGCUAUCUUGGACGUGAAUCAGAUCUUAAGCAGGAUAUGAAGCUGGUAAAAGUUGAAGAGAUGAAGAGAAUGUCUUUUGAGAAAAAGGUGAAGAAACAGAAAAGAAAGAUUGCCCUCAGCCUAAGGCUGUAAAGCUGGAUUUGGUUGAGUUGUCUUCAUGCACUCUACCGAUUAACUCUUUAGCAAACCAAAGUACUUGAAUAUAGAGCAGAUUUUUUGGUUGAGACUUAGGAGUGAAUAAAGACGGCUGUUGCCUUCUACUCUUGUACUCACUGUUUACGUUAUAUCACAGUUGUCUUCUUUAGAAUGAGUUUAACCUCUUUCAAAAGACUCCUUUGUAAUAUAGCUCUUACUGGAUAUAUGGACCAGUAGUGGUAACGCAUCUAUGAUGAGGCCUUUGCUGAUAAUGCAUACAUUACAUUAAUUAGAUAGCCCUUCA